UUGGGAGCAGUCAUUCUUCACCUAGGGACAUUCAAGUCCCAGCUCAAGCUGACUUCUCCUUACUAGAGUCAGAAUGUUCUGCCAAGGUCCCUGUCAGGAUGGAUGGUUCAGUAACAGGGGCCAGUGCUACAAGUUUGUCCAGGAGCAAAAUACAUGGGCUGAUGCUAAGAGUAUUUGCCAGAGGAUAGCAGAGGGAGGUCACCUCACCAGCAUCUCCAAUGCAGCUCAGAAUGAUUUCCUUGUGAACCUCGCCAGCUAUGCAGACAAAAGGACAACCCAGUUCUGGACAGGAGGAAGUCACCAAAAGGGUACUUCUCUGAGAUGGACUGAUGGAUCAGUGCCAAAUUUCAUCCAGAGGCCUCUGAGCUCGAUUUUCAAUGCCAUUGGCAGAAUAUUUAACCGUAUCUUCAACGUACGAAUCUGCUUGACCCUAAAUUUAAGAGAUGGCUGUAACUGCAACAAGAAGUUAUUAUUCAUCUGCAGUUACAAACCCAAUUUGACCCCGCCUUAG